UCAAAAAGAUUAACGGACAACAACAAAAACCAUAGUAAUAUUUCUAGUCGAAUAGGGAGGGCUUAAAGUUUACCUCCUACAGGAUUCAAAUUUUGUACGUUGUACCAAACAAACAUCAGCCGUGGAAGUCUUCCAACUGGAAUGGUAGAAGACGAAGCCUUCAUUCAUAGUUUGCCAUCCGAAGUUCUUGAAUACAUCAUUGGACUUGUCUCCCCCUACAAUGAUUUGCAAUCAUGUAAACUUGUCUGCAAAAAAUGGUUGGAAGUUGUCCAAGAAGUGGUCAACAAGCAUCAAAUGAGAUUUCUGUCCAGUAUCAGCAAUAAUAACAUUCACUGGGAAACCCUCCCGUCAUCUCAUGACCUUUUUACAACAAUAUCAAGACGUUAUUCACAUGCUGCCUGCUACUAUGAUAACUACAUGUAUGUAUUUGGAGGGUGUACUUCAACAAAUACAACAUUCAAUGACUUAUGGAAGUUGAAUCUCUCUUCAAGAACUUGGGUAAGACCCCUCCCUACAGGGUCAUAUCCUUCUCCAAAGGCCUGUGCAACACUAGUGUGUUACAAGGACUCCCUUAUUUUGUAUGGAGGGUGGACACAGUCAUCUUCGUCUCCACUUCACCAGGUUUGCCAACUUUUCAAUGAGCUCAACAUUUACCGAUUGAAGACCAACAAAUGGGAUUAUGAAUAUACACAUCCAGCUCCACCUUCAGCAGCUGGCCAUUCAGCAACUGUACAUGGGCACCACAUGAUUGUUUUUGGGGGAAUCAGAAGGCAACUGUCACUUGGCCAGCCUUCUCAGGAAAUUCUAUGCUAUGACCUCGAAAAUAACUCUUGGUUCCAAAAAGAAAUAGAGGAACCUAAGCCACAGGGACGUUACGGACAGACUCAGAUAGCCUUGAAUGAACACAACCUGUUAGUCAUAGGUGGUUGUGGAGGCCCGAAUAGUGUCUUUAAUGACGUUUGGCUGCUCAACAUGGAAGGCCCACGGUGGCGAUGGAGGGAGCUAACUGUCGAGGAUCAAGAGCAUGGCGCUUCACAUAUGUGGUGUUCUCCAGGAUGCAAAGUUGAAGAUAAGGUGGUGUUUCUGUGCAGGAGACCAAACGCCCAACAAGCUUCUAGCCCCCAUCCGGCGUACGCAUCGCAUUAUAACAUGUCUGCGCAAAUACGGGGCCGAUCUGUUUGGGUUCCUCCUGUAGAAAAUUCCGCUGACCGUCCAAACAACCGAGUUCCUGAAGAAAAAAACGUUAACGGAAAUGGCAGUGGUGAUUUGAAUCUAAGGCGACAAGAGGUGGAGCCCAAGGAACCAGUACGUAUUCACCCACGGCCUGGAACACGGCCGUCUGUCCGACCUAACGCAAUGAAAAAUAGAGGAAAACAGUUGGAAGCACUGAAACAAAUGGAAGAGCGUAUCCAACGGUUACAGGGAAAUGCCCGUGAUAUCCCGAAAGUUAAAGUGCCUUCAGGAAGCCAAUCGUCGAUGAGUCUUUGCCUGCUUGAUAUUAGUGAAGCUCUUUCAAAGUACAGAGUUCGGUGGCUUCCACCGAAUGAAUCUUUCACGAAUGGGCGAGGAUCACCUGAAGAGGCAGUUCUUUACUCAAUCGUACACGGGCGGGGUGAAUUGAUUGUUUUUGGUGGUGUGCAAAAAUUCAUCGCCACACAGGCAACAACAAAUUCGCCUGGCGGGCCUAAAAUUGUUUCGAACGCAGUUUACUUUAUUCAAGCCCCUAAAAGUAUCAUCUGAUAACGAUGACAACAGUUUAAUCUUGGCCCUAACGAUUAGCUGUUCAGAUUUGUAUAAUAUCGUAAAAGACAUACGUUUGCCACUUUA